UGGUGAGUACCACUGACAGCAGUAUCUGGUCACCUUGUAGACUUACUUUUUAUGUUUGCUUCUUUGCAGAAGUGGAGAUGGAGGAGACAUGGCUGAAGGAGGCAGGGCUAUUUUUUCUGGUGUCAGGAAUAGCAUCCUCAGAGGCAUCUCUGCCACUGCCCGAGGCUGUUAUUUCUACCCUAACUCACCAGCAAGCCGCCAUAGUCAGGGCUAGGCUGGACAACUACAAUGAGACAUUGAGGAAGAGGAACAGGCAGCCACUCCGGGAUGUGAGGGACAUUUUUGCUGAGGUAGGCAACCCAGAGGAAAAAUCAGCAGAGUUAUGCUCCUCCCCAUCUCCACAUUCUGCUGACUUCCCUCCAGGUCGAUACCACACCACCACCAAGACUAUUCGUCUCCUGUGUGUUGUAUAUUUUUUUGCAGCACGGCCCCAUUUUGUUUUUGAAGAUCAACUGACUGACCAUCCAUCAUGUAGCUCCCUCAAGGCACCACAAGCCAACACCAAUCCUUCCUGUCCUGUUCCCUCCAAUCCACCUCCAGCAUGUCACUGGAGACAAGCUGACUGGUUGCUGCAAGACACACCGUACUCUGAGGGCGUAGCUGAACAUAGACGCAGCUCUACCUGUUGGGACUGUCAGAGUUUCCAAGGAGACCUGAGUGGUAAACUACAGUUUGUACCUGUCAUCCCCUCAAAGGGCCUCACCUGUAUAGAUGACCUCUCACCUCGUGACCUCACACGCCUCGGCUUCAUCUCCCACAUUGAGCUUACUACCUUCCUGCUUGCUCUGGGUGUUCAAACCAAACGGAACCGUCCUUCCCGCACCAAGGCCCAGGGUGCGCCUGCUUCUUACAUCUUAACCCAUGAGCAAGAGGGGGCAGUAUUUGGAGUCACACUCAAGUCCCUGCUUGAGAAUGACAAGAAGAAGUUUCCAGGAAUCAAGAUUCCUAUUGUCUUCAAGAAGCUUUUGAGUAUCUUGGAACAGAGUGGUCUGCAGAUGGAGGGCAUUCUCAGAGUACCAGCAUCAGUUGCUCGAUUAAAGUACUUGCGCAAAGAGUUAGACAGACACCCCGAAGUCUUUGACUGGUCUGCAGUAAGACAGGUGGAUGCGGCAGGGUUGCUGAAGCUUUUCAUCAGAGAAUUGCCAACACCUCUGCUCACUUACACGCAUCUGCCUACCUUCAGCUCAGUGAUGGGUAUCUCCUCUGAGCUCCAUCAGGUCCAAGCUUUGCAGCUACUGACCCUACUCCUCCCUGAAGUCCACAGAGACACUCUGAAAGCUCUCCUGGUCUUCCUCUGGAAGGUGGUCUCUCAUCAAGAUCAGAACAGGAUGUCUCUGUGGAAUGUCUCUAUGGUGAUGGCCCCAAACCUGUUUCCUCAGUGUAACCAUGGUAAAAGGCACUCCCCUGUAAAACAGAGCAAGGAGAUAGAAGUGGCAGUGGGUGGGGCUCAGCUGAUCCAGCUGAUGAUUCAACACCAGGAUCUGCUCUGGACAGUUCCGAACUUCCUGCUGACACAAGUUAGACAACUGAACCAGGCAUCCAACCAAAAACAACUCAGUCUGAGCAGAACCAAGACCUAUCUGUUAAAGAAAAAGAAAAACCAAAACGAUGGGAACCAGAUCACAAAGCUGUGUGAAGGUGUGAUCCAGGUUCACGCCCCCCAACACACAAAGGUUUCCAUGGCAAUUCAGCUUGAAGAGCAGACAACAGCUAAAGAUGUUACGGCCCGCUUCGAGGGCCAGAACAGUCCUCCACAGCGCCUCUAUGAAGUUGGAGGGAACAUUUGUGAACGCCGUCUCCAUCCAGACUGCCCUCUGAUGGAGGUUUACAGAGUCAAUCCUUGCUGUGAUUGGCUGAUUAAACCUGGACUUGUGUCAUCUUCAUCGGCCGGAGAACUCAACUCUCAGCUCUAAAAUCCCUCACUGCCUUUAUCAGAUUG